CAUUUACAAUUGGUACAAUUCUUUGCAUUUCAGUUGGAGGUUUAUGUGCAAUUGGAGUUGGAUCAAUUCUUGGUGUUAGUAGCCUUAAAGAAUUUCACGAGAAAAUGAAAGAGACAAUACCAAAGUAUACACCAGGUUUACGUGAGUCUAUAAGAAAAUCAGAACAAGAUGAAUGGAAGUUAGAAUUAGUACAAAUGAAGGAAUUUUUUUUUCCUACUUGA